AUGCUCCGCGACGCCGCCGGGGCGCUGCGAGAGCUGCAGCACGCCGCGCAGGCGGUUCAGCGUGGGCGGGCGCUGGCGGACGUCCAUCAGGUUCCACCUGCUGCGGCCGCGGAGGAGGCGCUGCAUCUGCCUGUGACGAACACACGCACCCGCCCUUGGCCCCGCCUGGUCUGCCCCCUCGCUCGCUAUGGUCUGCGCUUGCGUGAGAAGAGAAGGGGGAGGAAGGAGGCGGAGGAGGCCACUUUCCCCCAGCGACGGACGCGGAGGAGACAAGGCGCGCCGCAGCCGCAACAACAAGAAGAAAAACCAAAACAAAAAACAAGGAGCAGAAGAACGGCUGCAGCGGGAAGGGCGGAUGACGGGGUGGGUGGAGCUGGCCACCGGAGGGGAAGAAAGGAAGGGUGGUGGGAGGCGACACCCCCUUCAGAGGCCCACGCAGCAUACAUCUCUCUCACCGCGGCUACAGGCGACGCGCCACGUGACGUGGCGAGAAAAUGCCCAAGAGAAUGA